UUGGUGAGCAUGGAACCAGAUCUGGAGACAUCAAUUGCUUUUGUCUGCCUCAAUAAAGAAAAGGAAAAGGUGCUUCAUGCUAUUGGCUAUGAUGAAGUUGUAAAUGAAGGAAAAAAUGCUGGCAUGAAGUGCCUGUCAGAGGCUGAUGUCAAAAGUUUGGUGAGCAUGGAACCAGAUCUGGAGACAUCAAUUGCUUUUGUCUGCCUCAAUAAAGAAAAGGAACAGGUGCUUCAUGCUAUUGGCUAUGAUGAAGUUGUAAAUGAAGGAAUAAAUGCUGGCAUGAAGUGCCUGUCAGAGGCUGAUGUCAAAAGCAUUAAAAUCUCCAUUGAAUUUCUCCUGGACUUCCUUGAUGAACAGAAACUGAAAACGUGGAGCCUGCAUCGUCCAUUGCGGAGAACCCAGGCUUUGACACUACCGAAGUCAUUCCGGGGUCAAUUCUACGGGAAACACGUUUUGGUACCCAUGAGAACCCUUGCACCUUAUGGCUAUCUCGUGGUAUCCCCCAACGGCACCAAGACAUAUGAAGGUUUGGAUGGACAGGUCCUCCGCGCCCUGUCCCGCAAGUUCAACUUCGUCUCGGAGUUCCUCCUCAUUGAGAGCGGUGUGGAGGCGGUUAGGAACGACCUGGUGGCGGCGAGAACCGCGGAUUUCGUCAUUUCUGGAUCCACCAUCGGGACCAGCAAGGAUAUCGUCUAUUCCAACCCGUAUUGGAUCGAGAGGCUCAAGUUCAUCACUACGAAGCCCAUGGAGGGGAGUCCCUGGAAACGAGUCUUCAAGCCAUUCAAUGUUAUGACUUGGCUUCUCCUGGUUCUGGUCCUGGUUCUGACCAUGAUCAUAUUUGGAUGGCUUUCCACCUUGCCCUGUCAGGUUUUCGGGAAGAUCCGCGUAGACAGUUGGUAUGCAUUUCAGAUCAUGGUACUGCAAUCGAGGAAUAGAAAUCGGCAGCCAGAUGAUUUCGGAUUGCAGAUCGCCCUAGGAAGUCUCAUACUGUUUGCAUACCUCAUCUUCGCAUGCAUUUAUUCUCAGACCUUGACCUCGUACAUGGCAGUUCCAGGGUACGAUCCACCGGUGGACAGCAUGCAGGACAUUGAGGAUAGGGAACUAGUCUGUUAUAAUGUAGUUGGAGUCCCCAUCUUCGACAACCUUUACGACAACAAUCCAAAGGUGAAAGCCAGGCUAAGAUAUUAUUCUAAUGACGGUCGCGAUCCUUUCUGGAACUUGACUCCAUACAGAGCGAUGGUCAAAGAACCAGGAAAACACUGUCUCGCCACAGGAAGAUCCGUUUCCAGCAGCGCAUUCAAUCGAUUCCUCAUGAACGCUCAAGGACAGAUCCCCUUUCACGUAUCGGCGCAAAACGCGAACAUGAUGCUGAAGGUGAUGAUCCUCCAACGGCAUUGUCCCUACGAGGAAGAGUUCAACGACGCUAUCCUCCGUCUUGAACGGGCCGGGUUGCUGCGAUGGUGGUACGACAUGGAACUUUACCUGGAUUUUCUGUCAGGGCUCCAUGAUCGGCGACUGGGUAUCAAAGGUCCUGUGGAAGUUCCUAACACCCUGAACUUCGACGAUAUCGGACGCAACGUGCCACGCGAUCAUGGAGCAUUCGCAAUCCAACAUCUUCUCGGAUUAUUUGUUAUUCUCCUCGUCGGAUACGGAUUGGGGCUUCUCGUAUUUCUGGGUGAAAUCGCUUGGCAUCGAUCGACUUUGAAUCAUCAGGGGUAG